UAACACGUUAGUUUUUCAAGUAUGUGUCGAAUAAUGCUUUAGUUAAUCUUAAAUAAUUCAAUUCAUCAAAUAAAAUUUUAUUAAAUAAAUAGUUAAAUUACAUUCCUAAAUACGCAAAAUGUUGAUGCCCAAAAAAAAUCGUGUCUCAAUAUAUGAGUACCUCUUCAAAGAGGGAGUAAUGGUAGCUAAAAAAGACUACCAUGCCCCAAAACAUCCUGAAUUGGAAUCAAUUCCUAAUCUUCAAGUAAUUAAAGCUAUGCAAUCACUUAAAUCAAGAGGAUAUGUUAAAGAACAAUUUGCAUGGAGACAUUUUUACUGGUAUUUAACAAAUGAAGGUAUUGAAUAUUUACGAUCAUAUCUUCACUUACCACCAGAAAUUGUUCCAUCCACAUUAAAACGGCAAACAAGACCAGACACAGCUAGACCACGACCUGCAGCUGGCCCACGAGCUGAAUCAGGCCGACCUGCUGAGGAUCGUACAGCAUACCGACGUGUACCUGCUUCAGGACCUGCUGGUGGCGAUAAGAAAGCUGAUGUUGGUGCAGGAACCGGUGAUUUAGAAUUUAGAGGUGGAUUCGGAAGAGGACGACCACAAUAAGUAUAAUUAUUUUUAUUUGUAAAAAGAUUUAAAUAAAAAAUUUGAAAAAAA